CACUUUUUAAAUGAUAUAAAAAAAAAUUUUUUUGCCAAAUUUUGAAAUUUUGUAAAGGCAUAUCACUUUUUACUCCGAUCAUUUCUUCCUAUGUUAUGCGUAAAAUAAUGACUUUUCUAUGACAAAAACUUGGGGUUGGCAAAAGGACCAUAUUUUGAUUGCAAUCCUUUCUCAAAACUUGGCUUAAAAUAGUCGCACAACCAAAAUUCUUACUGUUUUGAAUAACUAUUGACCCAAACUAACAACUCAAAACACUUUUUAAAUGAUAUAAAAAAAAAAAAAUUUGGCCGAAUUUUGAAAUUUUGGAAAGGGGUUACAUCAUGAUUUUUUGCGAAAAAUUGAAAAAAUUACCAUUUCUAAAUUGGAAUGCAGUUUGAUUGGAAAUUUUAUUACGAAUUCAACGAGACAUAUCACUUUUUACUCCGAUAAUUUUUUCGAAUGUUAUGCGAAAAAUAAUCACUUUUCUUUGACAAAAACCUAGGAUUGGCAAAAAUUGGCGAAACUUGACUUAAAAUUGUCCCACGACCAAAAUGCUUAGAACUACAAACAAUUCUUAAAUAACUUUAAAAGUCUAACAAUAUUACCCAAAUAUAUUCAAACUGCGUUAUUUUUAUUUGCAUUCUCAAUAACAUUUUUAUUUAACCCUAAAACUAAGAAAUCGCGAUAAUUAUAUAUACAUUGUAAGCUUAAGCACUACAAAUUUCAUAAAUGUAUUUAAUGCUUCGUCCUUCCCGUCUGACUUAGAAGUUAUAUAAAUAAAAAUUUCGUUCCUUCAAAAUUUUGGUUGCAGCUCGCAUUGAGUCCACCGAUGGGAUAUGUGCCACCGCAUCAAGCAGGACUACAGUGGCAACAGCUACCUGGGCCUCCACUUGGGCACCCAACUCUUCCGCGCCCUGAUCCUCGACUCCAAAUUGAACGUUACCUAUGUGGCACAGAUCCGCUAUGACGUUGAUCUCCCAGAGUUCAAGACAACGAACGGAAUACUAUCAGAUGGCGGCCCUGGCGAGUUCCUGGCCAAUCCAGUGAUGUGGGUAAAGGCACUGGACAUGCUGAUGGACUGUUUAGUGAAACAGGGAGCGGAUAUGCACUCGGUGGUCUCUAUUGCCGGAGCGGCUCAGCAGCACGGUUGCGUCUUCUGGUCGGAGUUGGGCCUGAGGCGUCUGUGCAAUUUGAACGUCAACCUGCGGCUCCACGAGCAGAUCACGGAGAGCGCCUUCGAAUUGACCAGGACCCCCACUUGGCGGGAUAGCUCGACGGACGUGCAGGUCCGUGAAAUGGAGCACACUGUCGGGGGUCCCGCUGAACUGUCGAAAAUAUCGGGCUCCAGAGCGUACACGAGAUUCACGGGUCCCCAAAUACGGAAAGUAUAUACCCAGUGCCCGGAGCAGUACAAGAGAACUUCCAGGAUUUCGCUGAUCAGCAGCUUUUUGGCCUCUCUCCUUAUCGGUGGCAUUGCCUCCAUAGACUACAGCGAUGGCUCGGGGAUGAAUCUGCUCGACAUCCGGAGAAAGAAGUGGUCUCCGGCGUGCCUAGACGCCUGUGCUCCUGACCUUGCCAGACGUUUGAUGAAGCCUAUUCCCUCGUCCCGGCUGCAAGGACGCAUCGGGGACUACUACGUGAAACGCUGGAACUUCAGGCCGGACUGCAUGGUGGUGGCUUCCACCGGGAGCAAAGCCUCGGAACUGGCAGGGCUUCUGGUAGAGAAUGACUUCCUCAUGCUCAGUCUGGAUACCAGUGAUGUGGUGGUGAUGCCUCUAAAGAAAGCUCCGCGGCUGGAGGACGGCCACGUGAUGUGCCAUCCGACAAGAAGGGACGAGUACAUGGGUCUCCUAUGCUUCCAAAACGGAGGAUUGACGCGAAAAGCCAUCUGUGAGGAUGUCGCCGGCGGCAGCUGGAGGCGCUUCUACGAAAUGCUAGACGCCACGCCCUCGGGCAACAGUGGUAAUGUGGCUGUGCACUUCCGGGACCGGGAGAUUAUACCCACUGCGAAGGGCACUCUACGCUGGGAUGCGCACAUAAACCCGAUGGCCGCGGAGUGCAUUCGAGGCCGACACCGCUUCUCCACACCGGAGAUUGAGGUUCGAGCUCUAAUCGAGGGUCAGAUCAUGCACCACUGGUCGAUUGCCCACGAGAUGGGCUUCCACCACACACCGGACACAAAGAUCAUCGUGGUGGGGGAGGACUCCAGGUGCCAAAGUGUCCUGCAGAUCGUGGCGGACAUAUUCAAUGCUCCUGUUUACCAGCGAACCGGUGUCGAGGUCAGCCUUUUGGGAUGCGCCUUUCGUGCCAGGUACGCCUUUUACGAACACCGGGAGUCCGCCUGCAACUGCCAAUCCUGCAUGAUGCCCACGGGCCGUAAGACGAGACUCAGCUUCGACGAGUUUUUCAGGGACGUGCCUUCCGGCUUGAAACUGGCUGCGGAGCCAACACCUGGCUGCGAUAAGAUCUACAAGCCCCUGAUCGAACGAUGCUCCCAAAUCUGCCAGCUGCUGGCCUCCAAAUCCAGAAAAUCAGUAAAGUAACCUAUAUUUAACUAAAGAGUGAUCAAUUACUAAGUCAAGGAGGUAUCGGAAUGGGCCUAGAAAUCCGC